ACAAAAACAUAGAAUGUGUUCCAAAGCUACAAAAACACACUAACUUAGCACUUAAAACCAAACCAUUGACUCUUGUAUCCCCAUUUCACUCUGUCCCAAAUUCUGCCUUCUCUCUCUCUCUCUCUAUUCUGCCCUGUUUUUUUUGUUUUUUUUCCAAUAUAAUUUUAAAUUAUAUAUACCGUGAGUAAUUUAUAAGAGAGACAUAUUCUAACUUGGACUAAGAAUUCCACAUAGUUGUGUAAACAUGGAAUUAGAUGAAUUCCGUUUAAUGUUGGAGAAUUCAAGUGUGGACUUGUGGACAUUUAUUGACACAGCCAUUUCUGUAGCCAUUCUUGAUCAUGAAAACGAGCUUCUCAGCCGAAGAGACGCCAUUGUUGAGAAGCUCUAUGCUCCGUUUUUGUGUAAGAAUUGUAAUUCUGCUGGCAAUUGUGAAGAUUUAGAGACCAAAAUCAUCAGAAUCAAGAAGCUUUUGGAAUACCCAAAUCAGUCUGAGAAUUGCUUGGUUGAACUGCUCCAAACUCUUGCUGAAAUCGACAUUAGUUUCAAGGUUCUUGAGAUAACAGAUGUUGGAAGACAUGUAAAUAGACUGCGAAAGCAUUCAUCAAAUGAAGUAAGAAGACUUGUUAAACUACUUAUCAGGAAAUGGAAGGAUAUUGUUGAUGAAUGGGUGACACUGAAUACACCAGCAGAAGAAACAGGUAGAGCUUCCUUUUCCUGCGGUAAAAUUACGAGUCCUUAAUGUUUAACCAAAAGUCACUUUAUUUCGUUUUGUAAUAAUAAAGUCAUUGAACUUUAACUAUUGCACUUAGAAAGUAACUCAAUUAGAUUUUUCAAAUUUUAGAUUGUCAAAUACCU